UAUAUCAGUUAUGUACAUGAUCUCUCCUUCGAAGAACUUCAAUAAGCWGUAUCAGACUUUCUAACAAGACAAAAUACUUGAUAUUUUGAUUUCUUUCAAGUGUUUCAAMGACCUUUUUUCUCGUGGUUCUGGUUCUCGUCGAUUAAUCAGUAAACAAAGUUGUUUGGUGUGGCUACAUCUGAGCGUGAACUGUUUCUGUCGCUAAGAGUAUCAUCAGGUCUUCCGAAAUUGGUCAUUAUGCCGACUUGGUCUGCAGCACCAUCAUCCACUGAGGCAAGCAUUCCUUGGUAUGAAACAGCCCCAACCCAGGUUAAAACUGUCUGUACCCCACAAGACAGUGUACUAUCGAAUCCCUAUUCCUGUACUUUGCUUAUCAACGUCCCACAAGAAGAUGGACGCUAUCUAAAGAGCCUUUACAGUCCUCUACUGCAAGGAAUAGAUCCUGCAUUCCAGUUGGUACAGAUAGAAGACUAUGAAGAACCCAUAACAGAAUAUAGCAGCGGAUCCUUCUCGCACAUGGACUGGGGGGAUACCGAUCCCACAUCAGCCCUUGGUCUGGUCACCCAGUCUUUGAGUAUCAUCUUGUUCUUGCGCGAUGAUUCUCACAGUCAACUUAGAGCUGCUGUAGCUAAGAGCUACCUUAACUCUCCGCCUUGGGAAUUCCACCAUAAAAUCGAGUUGACAAGCCGUUUUGACUUUCGUACUGUUGCUAGACAAGAAUUCUACGAGUGUGCUCCCAGACAUCAUUUCCCGUUGUGGAGCGUCUGUUCCGUUCACUGUGGUAAUGAGCAGCUACGGUUCAACCUUUUCGUCAGAGACUUAGAAAGAAUGAAGGAGUUCUAUUCCUUGCUUCUUGGCAAAGAAGUCAACGCCAGCAAGCCUGGAUUUUAUUCAUUUCGUAUUUAUUACCAACCUGGACUUGAGAUACAACUCUCACUGAAAYAUUCACCCUGUCUUCUUCCAGAACCAACAGCUGCUUCACAGUUAUGCUUCAGGGUCAAGGAUAUCGCUAGUCUUCGCAAGGUUUUACCAUAUGACGUCAUACCAGGAACUAGUGGCACGUGGAACACACGUGAUGUGGAUGGUAACCCCGUGGUUCUCAUACAAGACACCUCAGACAUUGAUUUAGAUUAUUCUGAUGCAUAGCUUGUUGUAUAGUUCGGGUUUUUCCAUAUGACCUCAUACCAGGAACUAGUGGCACGGUUCCCAUACAAGACACCUCAGACAUUGAUUUAGAUUAUUCUGAUGCAUACACAGGUAGCCCAAGCUUGGUUUCUGUGGUGUCCAGUUAUAAGGAAAUGUAUGGAGGAGAUUCAUCAAAAAUUUCAAUCAAAUCACUGAAACGUGAAA